AUUCUUUUUUCUUGUUCAUAUACAAAAAAAAAAUGCAUCUUUGGAUCCUUGUGAUUGUAUGUUUGUUAUCUCUUGUUUAUGCUGGUCCUGGCACACAUCGAUAUCAGUCAACACAUUCAUCUAACUAUGGUGAUGAAAAGCACAACAGGGAACACAUUCAAGAACAUUUGGAAGCCAUGAAGAAAGACGGAGAUAUUGAAUUGUCUGAACAAGACACUAUUUACUACUUAUUUGUCAUUCAUGAUCUCAAUGGCGAUGGAUAUUUAGAUGGACAUGAACUUAGGAUUGCUUUUACUGAUUUUGAUCAACAUGAAGCAGAUACAACGAUGACCUUAAAGGAGGUAACAGCCAUGAUAGAUCAUGUAUUAGAAGAAGAUGAUAAAAAUGGAGAUGGCUUGAUCUCCUGGACUGAAUACCUGGAAAGUCAAUUGUACCAUGAAGAUUGAAACGGGACAACUGGCAGAAAACACAAUGUGAUCUGAGACGAAAUAAAUUGAAUUUCCGCUCACCCCUUUUUUUUCUUGUCCAAUCAGAAAAAUUUUCAUAUAUAAACUUUGACCUGGUUUCUUGACAACUUCUCUUUUUUUUUUGUUAUUAUUAUUAUUCAACAUUAAUAUAAAAAAAGGAGAAUGGAG